AUGUAUAAGAACCGAUUGCAAGAGGAGGCUCAGAAAAGAAGUUUAAAUUUUCCCUCGUAUUCAUCCACCCGGGAAAGACCGGAUCAUGCCCCACGAUUCAAAGCAACCGUCAACUUCGAUGGAAAAACUUAUGAAAGUCCUGACUUUUACCGUACUCUUCGGGAGGCAGAGAAUGCUGCUGCAGAAGUAGCAUUGAACAAAGGUAAAAAAGGAGGGCAUAAGGCCGCAGUACUGGUGAGUAGCAAAAACCGUAGUGCAUACAUGUUUAAGAACCGAUUGCAAGAGAAGGCUCAGAAAAGUCGUUUAAAAUUUCCCUCGUAUUCACACACCCGGAAAGGACCGGAUCAUGACCCACUAUUCAAAGCAACCGUCAACUUCGAUGGAAAAACUUUUGAAAGUCCUACCUUUUCCCCUACUCUUAGAGAGGCAGAGAAUGCUGCAGCAGAAGUAGCAUUGAACACAGUUGAAAAAAGAGGGCAUAAACUAGCAUUGGCCGCAGUACUGGCACUUGCAGUCGCAGAGAGCGUGGAUGACGCUGCUGAGGUUGAGCGGGUUAGGGCGGUAGCCACAGAGGCGGAGGUGGUCGAGGGAUUGGUCGACAUUGCGGUGGCAGGCGCAGAAGAAGAAGAUUGCAAGGACCUGAUCGGCUGUGGGAGAAGAAAAAGAAGGAUCUGA